GUAAUUAGCUGGUAAGUAAAGUGGCACAUGGAAGUAGUUUUUUGCAAAAUACGUUUCUCCGACAUUUCCGUGCUACGACGAGAAGACAUUUGCAAAGCGAGUAUUCACCGUUUCCCGAUACAGGGUUGUAAUUGAUGGUAAGUGACGCCACUAGUUGCACUUCCGUUAAGAAAUCGAUACUGAAUUAAAUUUUGUACCUAGAUGUGUGUACCAUACCAAGUUAUUUGCUUAAUUUGCGACAAAAAUUAUUGAAAAAAGAUGAACAAGACAAAGUUUUAUAAAUUUUAUAACCUUAAUAUGACAAAAGCUCGAAUAAGUUGCUGGUUAAAACAAAACACACUUAAAAAUGAAAUAUAUGUACAUAAGUAUAUGUUAUGCUUUUAAAAAAAUUACCAAAAAUUAAUCUGGCUACAAUAAAUGCAAUAAUCAUUAAGUAAUUCAUGACAAACAAAAUUCUUACCCAUAUACCUACCUGUGCAAGAAUAACUAGCGCGAUAACACUGUCGCAUGCAACCCUGCUCGUGCUGCCAUUAUCGUUGCCCUUUUUUGUUUUAUCCGAAACAACAUCACAAAACGAAAUCGGCGCAAACCAAGUGACGGAAAAGAAAAAGCUUGCUCUUUUUAUUUCACUUCAGCUGUAUUCGCAUUCAAGGUAGGCCCAGCAUUACUGCAAUAAAGGCGAACCGCCUAAAAAAAUUGGCAUAGAAAAUGGUAGGCGGCGUCGGCGGUGGCGACAAUAAAGUUGUGGCCACUUUGCGAGCGGAUGGAAGUGUCUAUCCUGCUAGUGGAACUUCCAUUGGGCAAUUAGUGAAUUUAAUGAACUACAAGAUUCGCACUGAAGUGGACGUAAGCAAUAAGACGCUCAAUACAUUCAGUGCUCCCACGACUGUUGUUGAUCUGGGAAAACAAUUAUUACAUUACGCGCGAGACGGUGAUCUGAAAGGAGCGAAAAAUAUGUUGUCGCGCGGUGCUCCUUUCACCUCGGAUUGGUUGGGUAUGUCAGCGUUACACUUUGCGGCUAUGAAUAACCAAUAUGAAGUUUGUGAUGCUCUACUAAAAGGCGGGAUAAAUAAGGACUCUAAAACAAAAGUUGAUCGCACACCUUUGCAUAUGGCUUGCUUCUAUGGCAAUGAACGCAUAGUGGAACUAUUACUAUCCAAGAAAUGUUUGGUAAAUCCGCGAGAUAUGCUACGAAUGACGCCACUGCAUUGGGCAGUUGAAAAAGGCCACAAAUCCAUAACACGUCUUCUGCUUAAACACAACGCCGAUGUUACUAUAACAUCAAAAUUCGGCAAAACACCGAUUGCAAUUGCAGUAAUGACGGAACAAGCGGAUUUACUCGAGGAACUGGAAUUAGCGCGACAAUCGCAAAUUAACCGCAAAUAUAAUGAAGAACAUGAGGUGCGGUCCAAGCGAUUCAGAAAGGAAACGUCUGAAGCCGUGAACUCCAUAAUGGGCAUAUCGAAUUUUGUGUCCGAAGAUGCAGGAAAUUCAACAAAAAUUGUUUUGGAAGUAGAUGACGAUUUGACAAAUAAUAGCGAUUACGCAGAAGCCAAAAUAUCUGAUUUGGCAAAUAUCAAGGAAACGGGCGUUGACGGUGAUGGUGAUGAUGCUGAUGAUGAUGACGAUGGCUAUGAUGGCGAUUGCGAUAGUGAUGCUAAUUAUGUGUCCAAGUCACUUCAAUCGUAG